AUGAGUUACUUAUUUGUGAUUUGGUUAGGUGAGAAACCAAUUGAAAAAGUCUUUACAUCAUUCCGCAUUCUUCUCUGGUCGAAUGUAUUGAAGAAACUUGCUUAUUCAACGAAAAGUUCAUUUCUAAUGAUGUUCGAUUCUGAUAUGAAUCGUUCAUUUGUUGAACUCAUUCAGAAACUCAACCUAAUGAAUGACAAUGAAGAGCAAAGUUUCCUACAAAUAUCAACGAAUGAUCAACAACAAACUUUUGAAAAUCUUCUUAAAAGUUCACCAUUCAUUUCGUUUGACAGUGAAAAUCGAAUGAUGAUCAAUAUCGAACAUGUUGAAUCAGAUUACUUAGUGAAGUCUUCGAAUGAAAGUUCAAUUCGAAUACCAGAUGAUCCUCGUCUGUUUGAUAAAUUAUCUUCACUUGAACAAGUUUUAGAGAAAUGUCAACAAACUGAACUGAAGAUUAUUCAUUUUUGUGAUUUUCAGUCUCAAUAUCAAUGUGAACUGUUUGUUAUACUAUUCAGAAUCAUCUAUUCUAAAUAUAUUCAUUUGAAACAAUCGUUUCUCACAUUAGCACCUGCUGUACUUGGUGAUGAUCGACCAUCGACUAACUACAAUGAUUUAUCUUUUGAAACAUACAUGAAAGAAGUGUUGGCAAAUGUAGUCAAUGAACGAACAUCAUCGAGCUCGUCGAUUCCAAUGGCGAUGUUUAAAUUACAACUGAUGUGUCGAAAACCAAAUUCAAUUGUUCAUCUACGAUCCAAUAUCGAAACUAAUCAUGACAUGUUAUUUCUUCUAUACACGGGCGCACGGUUGGUUUCUAUUUUGAAUACAUUCGAUACGAAAUACCAAAAUGCUCGCGAACUAUUCGAAACUGAGUUGGGACAGAUGUUAACAAGCAAAGAUGAACAAGAAUUCUUGAAAUGGACUGAUUCAUUUGAAUCUCGUUUUCUUGUCGUUUCAAUUCAUGAUGGAAACAGACUGCAAAUUAAUCUUGAUAAAAUUUUCCAAGAACUCGUUCUAUUCUCCCGACGUUUAAGUCCAUAUUACUCAAAAGUUCGAAUUCUAACCGAAAAUCAAAGUCAUCUCCAUCAGAUAAUGUUUGCUCGUUUGGAAUUAAUCGAACGCAUUGUUACACUCUUUCGACGAACAUUAUCACUUGUUUCUAUUUGUUUAAUUGAACGCAUGUGA